AUGAUCGACCGAAAGUUAUUAUUCGGUCUGAGUCUUGUUCUUUUAUCAACAAGUUAUGAUCUAACACGAUCAUAUUUAAGUUCAGUAUCAACUGAGACAAAUACUAGUGAAUCAACUUCAACGUCAUUUAAUAGUGAUUCUGAACAAGAAUAUGAACAAUCUUCAUCUAUUCCACCACCUAAAAUAAAAAAACAAGCACUGAGGGUACCGAAAUGUGUUUGA